AUGACGUCGACUCUCCAAGGAUUUACUCACCAACUUCGAGAUAUACGCGUUAUUGCCGGCACGCUCCAUGUCGUCUUGGAUAAAUAUUCACCGAAUAAAGGUCAUCAACAAUGGAGGAACGUCAGCAAAAUUUAUUCGCAAAAAUAUUUCAGGUUUCCUGCUUACAGCUUGACAGUAUUGAAAUUAGACAGAGAAUGGGACUUUAAUUCUCAUGUAAACAGCAUACCGUAUGCAUCUCUAGAUCAAGACUUUGACGGCAUUUGCUCAGCUACGGCAGUUCGGACAAUGACGAGCUGGAAAUCUAGUAAAGUCCUCUUUAUCGAGGAUAUGCAGGUAAUCCCACGAGCAAGCUGUGAGAGCAUACUGCAACGGACCUGCAAACUGUAUUACUGCACGGCCUAUGCUAAGGCGGACGCUUUGGCAGCAGCUGAAACAGAAGGCGGCGGGUUGAUAUGCCAUGGAACCGGAGACCCUCAAGAGGUUGACGACCGAGGCAUCCUCGUGGGGGUGACAACCCUCAUCAACGUGAACCUACCCACCCUGCACAACAGAAUCGGCUUGUUUCGCAAGUGGGUUGAUGACUCCGCUACCACUUGCGGACCAGAUAAACGCUUACUUAUUUACAUAAUAUUUUUUGUCCUGUUAUUUCAAUAAAUUCUACACGAUAAAAG